AAGGUUAGUGUCCCUGUGCAAAUGUUUGUCUUGUAAAAAGCGACCGCUUAAAUGACAUAAAUGUCUGCCGAACGACUGACAGUGUAAGCCUCGGAGGACCUACCAGACGCUUGUCCUUUGAUCGUUCAACUGUCAUACACGUUCUGGAUCUACUGCCAUCAUGAAGCUGGGGAUCCUGUUGUGUCUCCUCUUCCUAGUGGUGCUCAUUCUACCUGCUCAGCCGAGAAAACACGGUCCCGGACACGGACACGGAGAGGGAAAGGAGGCCGAACACGGACACGGACAUGGGCACGGGCACGGGCACGGGCACGGACGUGGACGUGGACACGGCGGCAAACACCACGGCAAACAUGCAAAGAAGUACACAGGGGUUACAGAGCUUUUGGAAGACCUUUUCUUCGAGGUCAGGGAUGUCUUGGAAGAAGAUGAAGAAGACGAAGAGGAAAGAGAUAUUUCUGACUGGCUCUUUGAACUUCAAGAGCCAGAAGGUAAAUGCGACCCUAACCCGUGCAAAAACGGCGGCGUCUGUGAGGUGAAGGGAAAACGGAGGUUCAAAUGUGACUGUCCCAAACCCUUCAAAGGCAAGAGGUGUGAAAGAGCUCGAAGGAUCUGCAAGAAGUGGACCUGUGGACGCGGGGAGUGCGGGCUUACCUCCAGUCCCCCGUUCUACGAGUGCAAAUGCAAGCAGCCCUUCCAGCCUCCCCUCUGUAGGACAGUUUCCCUGUGCAACCCCAACCCGUGUAAAUUCAACGGCACAUGCGUUCAGGACGGGACGGACUUCGACUGCAUGUGCAUGCCAGACUACAGAGGCCGCUUCUGCCAAGUCGACCCCGAUGACUGCUACGAGGGCGACGGCGAGGAUUACCGCGGCAACGUGACCGAGACGGAGGACGGGGACGAGUGUCUCUACUGGAACUCCCACUUCAUCCUGGAGAACGGCGCCAACCCCUUCAGCGACCUGGAGGACACAGACGGCUUGGGCCCACACAACUUCUGCAGAAACCCAGACGGUGACACCAAGCCUUGGUGUUUCAUCCGCAAGGGCCGCAAGCUACGGUGGGACUACUGCGACGUAGAGCAGUGUGCCGAACCCACAGUCGUACCCCCUACUGACGCCCUCCCGACUGAUCCGAUGCCCACCGGAGGCGUUCCUGGGCCCACCAAGCCUGGGCCCACCAAGCCUGGACCCACCAAGCCUGGGCCCACCAAGCCUGGGCCCACCAAGCCUGGACCCACCAAGCCUGGGCCCACCAAGCCUGAGGUCCCGACGAGUGCCCCUUCUGCUGAGCCCGCUACGAUCCUUUCAACUACCAAAGGACCCGUCCUUCAGCCUACCCUCAGCGCCGCGGCAGAGCCUGGACAGUUCUCCACCUGUGGCAUAGCACAGCCCAAGAAGUCCAUCCAGCGCAUCUACGGCGGUCUGAAGGCCAUCCCCGGGGCCCUACCCUGGCAGGUGUCUCUGCAAGUCAGACCCAAAGGCAGUGCCCUGCCCUUCCGACACUCGUGUGGAGGGGUUCUGAUCGAGAGCUGCUGGGUUCUGACCGCCGGCCACUGCAUCGACAAGAAGCACGAUAUGGAAGCGGUAUUGGGUACAGUGUCCCUGGGGAUGGAGGAGUCCACGGAGCAAACCCUGCAGGUGGAGGAGGCCAUCAUCCACGAGAACUACAGAGAAACACCUUCGGCUGUCGAAAACGACAUAGCUCUGUUGAGGCUGAAGGGCGUGAACGGCUCUUGCGCUGAGGAGACCCAGUUUGUGAGGACCGCCUGUAUGCCUGAUGUCACAAUGCCGGACGGCUCAGAGUGCACUAUUUCUGGAUGGGGUGCCACAGAGGACUCGAAAUAUGGUUCUGACCACCUUCUGGAUGCCAAAGUACUCCUCAUCAACCAGGAGAAGUGCUCCAGCCCUACAGUAUAUAGCUCAUCUGUGGGCCCCAGCAUGUUCUGCGCUGGCUACCUGCAGGGAGGCGUGGACUCGUGUCAGGGUGAUUCUGGUGGACCGUUGACAUGUGAGCAGCACCAGGUCCAGGUAAUCUACGGUCUGGUGAGCUGGGGGGACCAAUGUGGCCGUGCAAACAAACCAGGGGUCUACACACGGGUUACAGACUACCUGGACUGGAUCAAGUCAAAGACACAAACCGCGUAGGCGAAAAAAGCCAAGCGGCACAUGGGUUGGAAUGUGAACUUAGCCUGAACUCUGUAUUUCCGGUCUUUUAUGGCUAAGAUGUAUUUUGUAUUUUGUUUCUAAAGGCCUUGUGGUUGUGUGUGUUUGAAUGUAAAGAACCCUGAUAAGACACUUCUAUAAGCCAGUGGGUCUAUGGAAAGGUGUCAGGUGAAUUGACUUCACUCAGCACAAAAUAUAAAUGGGAUAUAAAGAGUUGCAUUUUGAAAUAAACCUUCCCUGAGAAAAGAA